GGGAGCGACAACACAAGCCUGACCGAGUCGGACCCGUAUGCACUUAGCUCCAAGCUAACGUUAGCCACCUGAGCACCAUUAACCCCAGUGUGGGGCUUUAAGUGGUCAUUAGUUCGGUAGCGGGCCCCGGGCUGGCUUCUUCGGUCAAACAUGCAGAAAUAUGAAAAGCUGGAAAAAAUUGGAGAGGGAACCUACGGGACAGUGUUCAAGGCUAAAAACAGAGAAACCCACGAAAUCGUAGCUUUGAAACGCGUGAGGCUGGACGAUGACGACGAGGGGGUGCCCAGCUCUGCCCUGAGAGAGAUCUGCCUUCUGAAGGAGCUCAAGCACAAAAACAUAGUCAGACUACACGACGUUUUGCACAGUGACAAGAAGUUAACCUUGGUUUUUGAAUAUUGUGAUCAGGAUUUGAAGAAGUAUUUUGACAGCUGCAAUGGGGAUCUGGAUCCUGAAACUGUGAAGUCCUUCAUGUACCAGCUGCUGAAAGGCCUCGCUUUCUGUCACAGUCGAAACGUCCUCCACAGAGAUCUGAAGCCGCAGAAUCUUCUCAUCAACAGAAAUGGGGAGCUGAAGCUGGCUGACUUCGGGUUGGCUCGAGCCUUUGGUAUUCCUGUGAGGUGCUACUCAGCAGAGGUGGUGACCUUGUGGUACCGGCCUCCGGAUGUGCUGUUCGGUGCUAAACUGUACUCUACCUCAAUCGACAUGUGGUCUGCUGGAUGCAUAUUUGCAGAGCUGGCGAACGCUGGAAGGCCUUUAUUUCCCGGGAAUGAUGUGGACGACCAGUUGAAAAGAAUCUUCAGAUUGUUGGGUACACCGACUGAAGAUCAGUGGCAGACUAUGACCAAACUCCCCGAUUACAAGCCAUAUCCCAUGUAUCCAGCCACCACCUCACUGGUGAAUGUCGUCCCUAAACUAAGUAGCACAGGACGAGAUCUACUCCAGAACCUGUUGAAAUGUAAUCCUGUCCAGAGGAUCUCAGCAGAAGAAGCCUUGCAGCACCCGUACUUCGCUGAUUUCUGCCCUCCCUAAAAUGCUACAUUGCCUCUGCGUGAACCUCAGCCGCCAGAAUCAGUCAUCCUUCACUCUGCUGGUUUCAUUAGGAUCAGUCCCAACAAGGCAAAAUCCCUCACCGGUUCUCCAAACACUCCCCUGCAGUUCACUCUGUUGUGCCUCUGUGUGGAACAAAGGCCUCGCGGCUCUGCAAGGUUUUUGUUUCUUGUAGGUUGCAGGCCAGUUUAAUUUGGUACUUAGACACCUCCCGGUUAAUUAGCGCUAACAUGGGAGGUCGCGCUACGUGUUGCAUUGAAUAAAAUGUCACCCGCAGAAAUGGACCUCGACAAGAAGCCUGUCUGAUCCAAGAGAAUGAAAUUGGCACAUGACUUUUAAACAAAGCCCUGAACAAAAGCCCUUUGAAUCUGUGGUGAAUCUGAAUCUAAACAACAUAUCAGUUACACAAACCUGUUUAACAAUAAUGGUUUCUGAUCCCAUUGUAACGUACAAAGCAUUUCGGACAGUGCGAUUCCAGUAACACAAGUCUUAACAAUUGAUUUUUUUUAACCCUAACACUAAUAAAAAAUCUGUUAAGGAUAAGUCAAUACUCAGUAUUUAAAUAACAAAUAAUAAACAUUUUUGGGAGAGGAUUAGUUCAGUUUGGUUGUUAAAUAAUUAUAUUUGUACAGAGUUUGAUAUUUUACAGUUUAAAAAAUCUUAACAGAUUUUAUAAUCGAAACAAUUUCUUAAUCAACAAGGGCAAGUUUGUAUUUGCUUAUUGGCUGUGAUAACUAACUGAGAAAGGGCUCUAGUGGGGACCACAGAUUCCUGGGGCAGCUCAUUAAAUCGAUUUCCCAGUUUAAGAAUCACAAACAGCUGAUCUUUUCUCUUUUACAGAUGACGCUUAAGUCAGUGUUUCCCCCCUUUAUGUGCGUGUUGUUUGUUUAAGGCCAUAUUUUAGUUUUAUUUGUCAUUGUUUCCUCAGAAGUUUCCUGGUUAGAAACGUGUCAUUUGGUUCUAAAGAGGGGGGGGGGG